AGAUCUGAUGCGGCAGUCUUUGUGCACCGUCCUCCCCGUCCCCCCCCCCACACGCCUGAGCAUGAAGCGGAACCCUGUGGAAUAUAGCAGCGCAUUGUAAUCCGGACCCCGGCCUCGCCUCGCAGCGCCGAACUGCUGCCCACCCGAAAGACGCAGAGACGCACCUAUCGCGAAAGUCGCGCAACUUGGUUAAAGCUACCAGACGCGGGAGGCAUGGCUGACCAUCUGAUGAUGCCAAUGAACCAUGGCUCAGCAGGCAGCAGUCUCCACGGUUACAGGAUGGGCAUGAAUGGCGGCCUGCAGGCAGGUCACCAGCAGCAUGCCAACCAGCCGGGCAUGCGGGCACUGCCCAAUGGCCAGAUGAUGCACUAUGGCGGGGGCCAGGCCAACAUGGAGGCCGCCAUGAGGCAGCGGCAGGGCAUGGUGGGAGGGCCCAUGAAUGGACAGCUGAAUGGCGCGCAGAUGGGUCACCACCAGAUGACCUCUGGUAACAUGAUGUACAACGGCCAGCCCCAGCAACAGCAGCAUCAUCCCCAGCAACAACAGCAUCACCCCCAGCAACAGCAGCAUCACCCCCAGCAACAACAGCAUCACAUGCAUCCUCAGCAACAAGCCCAGCACCCGCAGCAGCAGCAGCAGCAGCAGCAACAGUUCAUGAAUGGCGGGCUAACGUCCCAGCAGCUCAUGGCUAGCAUGCAGCUGCAGAAACUCAACACCCAGUAUCACGGACACCCACUCGGGCCUAUGGUGGGGAACCACAUGGGCCCUGGUGCCCAGUACCGCAUGAACCCAGCCCAGCUGGCCAACAUGCAGCACAUGGCUGGGCCGGCCCUGGCUCUGAAUGGCAUGGACGCAGACAUGAUUGACGAGGAGGUUCUGACCUCGCUGGUCAUGGAGUUGGGCCUGGAUCGGGUCCAGGAGCUGCCGGAACUCUUCCUGGGCCAGAAUGAGUUUGACUUCAUCUCAGACUUUGUCAGCAAACAGCAGCCCAGCACCGUUAGCUGCUGAGAGGACCCGGACGAGAACUGUUGAGAAGGAGGUAUGGUUUGGAGACCUUGGAGGGGUGAGGAUCAUCCAGGAUGGAUCACGUCCGCUUGACUCUACUGCUUUUUAUUUGGUGAGCACCAGCCAGUACAGGGGGCGCGAGAGAAGAGACGCUCAAGUAUGGAUACACACCGAACGCACAGUGCCGACGCCUCACAUGUGCCGGGGGCCGAUGGAUGGUUGUUUUGGUUGGGCCAAGUUCCACCUCUUCCCCUUCUACUGGACAUGAAUGUAAUAAAGAACUGGUGAAAUUCUCAGAAGCCACUCUGAACAAUGCUAAGACACUGUGUAGCCUCCAGACUCAGACUCCAGUUUAGCAACAAAAAGGUGUAUUUAUUUAUUGCUCACUGAAGAAAUCGAUAAAUUGAUAUAGAGAACGACCACCAACCGAUUUUCCAUUUUGAAAAUCAAGUGGUUGUGAUAAUUUUUUUUUUUUUUGAGGAUGGGGGUGGUGGGGGGGGGCUGGGAAGGGCUUGUGUUAAGAUUAAGUUCUCUUUUAAUACAUUUGUCAGUCAGUUUUGACCUCCUGGAAAAAAAGAAAAAGAAAAGAAUAAACGGAGGCGACGAUGUCGCCCAGCAAGAGCUUGGAUUUCUAUCACGAACCUGAGACGACAGACAAGUAGAAUGUUAUCUCGUGCAUUUGAGGAGUCUCAUCCAGAUUUUAAAUGGUUCACUUUUUUUUUUUUUGGGGGGGGGGGGGGGGAGUGCUGCCUUUAGGUUGUGGUGUUCUCCAAAUCCACUGCUUGUACUGUAAUGAAGCUGUAUAACUCCAGAAAAUGUCCACACUGUCCUGUUCUAUUGAGCUCUGUAGAACCGCCUUAAGACGCGCAGAUUUUUUUUUUUUAAUUUAUUGGUUGUUUAUGUUGUCCCCCUCUUUGUGGUCAAGGUGGGGA